ACACCUCUCACCGCUCCUCUCCAACCUGCACAGAUUUCACGUCGACAAGCCUUUGCAAUUCAAGAGAAUCGCCUCAUCUUCAUUGUUCCCUCAAUCCUCAUUCCAUGACCAUGGCCAAAAUGGCAAUCCUACCGCCACUCGCCGUCGCGGUCGCCCUCAUCUUCUUCUCGUCCCUUGCUACUCCAGCCACUGCGCUCGUCCCAUACUCGAGGUCAUCGCUUUGGGACCUCAUGUCUCUCCCUGACGACCCUUUCCGGGUCCUGGAGCACACUCCGCUCUCCCUCCCCAAGGGCAUGCCCGAUGCUGACGCUCCCCUUCCCCUCCUGGCGCGUGCUGACUGGAAGGAGACGGCGACUGCCCAUGUUAUCGCGCUCGACCUCCCGGGGAUGAAGACGGAGGACGUCAAGAUCGAAGUCGAGGACAACCGGGUCGUCCGGAUCAGCGGAGAGAGGAAGGUCGAGGACAAGGAAGGGGACAAGUGGCACCGAGCCGAGAGGGCGAGCGGCAAGUUCUGGAGGCAGUUCAGGUUGCCCGCGAAUGCCGACCUGGACAACAUCAAGGCUUGGCUCGAGGACGGCGUCCUCAGGAUCACCAUCCCCAAGCUCGGCGACGACAGGAAGAGGCAGCCUAAGGUGAUUCAGAUCGCCGAGUCGGAGUCACAGCCAUCUUCGCCACACGUCAAGAAGGCCGACAUGUGAAGAGCUCCAGACUGGUCUCCCAGUUUCAACCGUUACGAGGAAUAAUGUUUUUGUGUUGGAUGAACGAGAUGUUUGGAUUUAUGUUUGAUGACGUGUAUAAGGUAUAAACCAUAAAAGAAAUCUGUAUUUUCUCAAAGAUUAUCAAAGAUUGUAUUCCUAGUAAUGAGAGUUGAACAAAGUCUGUUUUGAACCAGGCUUGCGAAA